ACCCACGGUGCGAUUCGAUGCGAUGCGAUCCAGCGAUGGGCCUCAGUGAUGCGUGAUCCAGCCAGCAUCCAUCAGCCCAUCUCCAGCUCCAAUCUGCCACCGGCGACCUAUGCUGCCCCCUGUGUCGCUCGUCCUCCGUAUUUGCUUCCUCGAAGGUUCGCCCGCCGCAUCUCCCCGACGCCACCGCUGCCACACGCAUGUCACGCAACAGUCACCUCACGCAGCGUGCAGGUGUGACCCACUCGUCCCCGGCGUCCGCGGACUCAGACUGUCGGCCCCUGCCAGCGAGUGGGAUGCAGCGAGACCCGUCCGCGCGCUGCUGUACUGGCAGGGAAGUCCAUCCUCCUCAGCGCCCCCGGACCUCAACACCUCGCCGCGUCUCCCCACCAGCUGACACGAUUAUUCCGCACCAGCUCGUGCGCGAGGCCCGUGCACUGAUACAGCCUAAUCCUUGAUCGAUGGCUCGGUGGGGAGCAGAUUCCG